GCACCUGCCCAGCUCAACUGUUCGAGAAAAGCCAUUUUGUUGUGCUAGCUAGCUAAAUGGUAAAUAGAGCAGCACACACAUUAUUCUGUUAAAUGCACGGUAAUUAUGCCGCGAUUAGAUUUUGUUUUACUUUUGUCAAACUUAGUAAACGAUUUUGUUAAAAUAUGGACGUAGUUAUCACUGACGUAGACUAGCGUUUAAAGCUAAAGUGUUGUGAUUUGGACGAAAACUGGUCGCUCAAGUGGAGUUUUGGUAACACACCGUUAGCUAACUGUGUGUUUACCUCCUAGCUGGCUAUAGUUAUGUUUUCUGAUUAACUUACUCUUUGUACGUCGCUCUAAGUAUGUACUUUAGUUUAAAAUAGAAUACUGCCUUCUGUGCAUAUAACCAAAAAGAGUUUGCUCAACAAAAAAGUCAGUAUUGUUGUUAGUGGGUUAACAGGCCAAUCCAGCACUAAUUUAGCAAAACACUUGAACCAUACUACGUUAAGCCAAAGUGCUAAUCAGAUAAUGGCAGAGGACACACGACAGAACAAGAGGGCCAGCUUCUCCGCUUUAACGGAGCUCAGCACCAACGGGAUGGCCAGGACAGCCGCUCUAGCAUCGGGCAAAACGGGAGCUUCAAAGAAGUUGGUGAUAAAAAAUUUUAAAGACCGGCCCAAACUAGCAGAGAACUACACCGAGGAUACAUGGCUGAAGCUUCGAGACGCUGUGAGUGCUAUCCAAAACAGCACUUCAAUUAAGUACAAUCUGGAAGAGCUCUAUCAGGCUGUGGAGAACCUGUGUUCCUAUAAAGUCUCUCCUACCUUGUACAAGCAGCUGCGUCAGGUCUGCGAGGAUCAUGUGAAGGCCCAGAUCCACCAGUUUAGAGAAGAUUCUUUGGACAACCUUUCUUUCCUGAAACGAAUGAAUCGCUGCUGGCAGGACCACUGCAGGCAGACUAUAAUGAUCAGAAGUAUAUUUCUCUUCUUGGAUCGUACUUAUGUCCUUCAGAACUCUCUCCUCCCGUCCAUCUGGGAUACCGGGCUAGAACUUUUUCGCACUCACAUUGUGAGCGACAGUGCAGUUCAGAAACGAACCGUAGAAGCCAUUUUGGAGCAGAUUGAACUGGAGCGUAAUGGAGAAACUGUGGAUCGCAGCCUGCUCCGGAGUCUCCUCGGCAUGCUGUCAGAUCUCCAGGUCUAUAAAGACUCGUUCGAGGAACGAUUCUUGGCUGAAACCGAUCGACUCUACGCAGCGGAGGGACAGCGGCUAAUGCAGGAGAGGGAUGUACCCGAGUAUUUACACCACGUGGCUCGUCGUUUGGAGGAAGAAAACGAUCGAAUCCUGAGCUAUCUCGACCAGAGCACUCAAAAACCUCUUAUUUGCUGUGUUGAGAAACAACUUUUAGGAGAACACAUGACUGCAAUUUUACAAAAAGGCCUAAGCAACCUGCUCGACGAGAACCGUGUUACCGAGCUGGCCCUUCUUUAUCAGCUCUUCAGCAAGGUGAAGGGCGGACUUCCCACUCUGCUGCAGUUCUGGAGGGAUUACAUCAAGUCUUUCGGUGGAGAGAUUGUCUGCACUCCGGAGAAAGAUAAAGACAUGGUUCAAGACCUGCUGGACUUCAAGGACAAGAUGGACAACGUGGCUCAGAGCUGCUUUGGACGGAACGAGGGUUUCAUCAACGCCAUGAAGGAGGCCUUUGAAACCUUCAUCAACAAGAGGCCCAACAAGCCUGCUGAGCUGAUUGCUAAAUAUGUAGAUUCUAAGUUAAGAGCUGGAAACAAGGAGGCGACAGAGGAGGAGCUGGAGAGAAUCCUGGACAAGAUCAUGAUCAUCUUCCGCUUCAUACACGGUAAAGAUGUGUUUGAAGCUUUUUACAAAAAGGAUUUAGCCAAGCGUCUACUGGUGGGGAAGAGUGCCUCUGUUGAUGCUGAGAAGUCCAUGCUCUCCAAACUCAAACACGAAUGCGGCGCUGCAUUUACCAGCAAGUUAGAGGGCAUGUUUAAGGACAUGGAGCUGUCAAAAGACAUCAUGAUCCAGUUCAAACAGCACAUGCAGAACCAGAGUGAGCCGAGCAACAUAGAACUUACUGUCAACAUCCUGACUAUGGGCUACUGGCCUUCAUACACACCUAUGGAGGUCCACCUGCCCGCAGAGAUGGUAAAACUCCAGGAGGUGUUCAAGCUGUUUUACCUGGGCAAGCACAGUGGGAGGAAACUGCAGUGGCAGCCCACACUUGGCCAUGCUGUGCUAAAGGCAGAGUUCAAAGAGGGAAAGAAGGAGCUGCAGGUCUCCCUGUUCCAGACGCUGGUGUUGCUCAUGUUUAACGAGGGAGAAGAAUUCAGCGUGGAGGAGAUCCGCGCUGCCACUGGCAUAGAGGAGGGAGAGCUGAAGCGCACACUGCAGUCCUUGGCUUGUGGGAAAGCACGUGUCCUCAACAAGAACCCUCGAGGAAAAGAUGUGGAAGAUGGCGAUCGCUUCAAUUUCAACAGCGAUUUCAAACACAAACUGUUCCGCAUCAAGAUUAACCAGAUUCAAAUGAAAGAAACGGUGGAGGAACAAGUAAACACCACAGAGCGUGUUUUUCAGGACAGGCAGUAUCAGAUUGAUGCGGCUGUUGUGCGGAUCAUGAAGAUGAGGAAAACCCUCAGUCACAACUUGCUAGUAUCAGAACUCUACAACCAGCUGAAGUUCCCCGUCAAGCCUGGAGAUCUGAAGAAGCGGAUCGAGUCGCUCAUCGACAGAGACUACAUGGAGCGCGACAAGGAGACUCCUAACCAGUAUCACUAUGUUGCCUGAAGGCGUGCGGCUGCACGACGCUUUUCUCCGCCCCAAACGUACAGCUGGCAACACAGCCCCCCCCUCAGAGCCACCCAAAUCUUCUGGCGCCCGUCUUUUUCUUCCUCUACAAUCCUGGACACGAAUGUCCAGAUGCAGGCAGGCAUGGUGCUCCACAGAGAUGAGAGAGACUUGGCCGUGCUGCUGUUCCAUUCUGCUAUGUCUUUUUAGAACUCUUGAGGCCGCGCUGGAAGAGUGUGAAUCGUUGGUAUAUGUGGCUCACAAAUAUGCUAAUGCAAAUUCAACUGAAAGACUAGCACUUUUCCUGUCUCUUUGUUUUCUUGUAUUGGUAUUGGGGUUUUUUUUUCCAUUAUUCAUUUUCUUUUAGUUUUUCCUACCAUACCUACUUUGUCCUGACUUUUAAUAUUUUUUGUUUGUUUCAUCUCAGUCUUUUGUUUGAGGCUUUCUCUUUCUGAAUGGAUAUGUAGGUUUUUUUGACUGGAUUUGUUGUUUGAUGCGGCGGAGGAGCCGAGAAGAACAAGAAGCAAAAGAAAGACUCUAGGGUAGAUGAAUUUGGCCAAAGCAGUUUGUUUCAAAGCCGUUACUCAAUGAAAAGCAAGAAAGGGCGGAUAAUUUUUUUCUUUUUGUUGGUAUCUUUGAUGUUUUGACCAAACAGUUUGAAUGUCCCCAGUUCACAUGCUGAUGGUUUUGUAGAUCAGAUUGUAUUCUAUGUAAGGGUGCAAAAAGUGAACCUGAAUAAAUGAAUAUUUAAUGAUUGGGUGAA